AUGACUACGGAGGCGAUCACCUUCAAUCAUAUUCUUGGACAGGGACGUGUCAACCAACUCGGUGGAGUGUUCAUCAACGGCCGUCCGCUGCCUCAAGCUGUACGGGUUCAGAUCAUCGAAAUGGCUUCAAAAGGAGUAAAACCAUGCCACAUCAGUCGUCAACUUCGAGUUUCCCAUGGAGCCGUGUCCAAAAUUCUCAAUCGAUAUGCGGAAACAGGUUCAAUAUCACCCGGACAGAUUGGCGGCAAUCCUCGCACAAAGAUCUCGUUACAGUCGAUUGAGAAGCAGCUCAUGGUCACCUAUGAGGAGAAUCCAAAUCUCUGUGCGGCUGAACUGCGACAGCUGCUCAUCGAACAAGAAGUAUGUUCGAGAGCAACGGCACCAACAGUCGCCUCGAUCAACCGAUUCAUUCGGGGCAAAGGCUGGCAUCGUGAGAAAAAGCCCGAGAAAAAGCGCCUCAGCCACAGUAUCGACAGUAUUCUCGGCAUUUCAAUGGAUUCUGACAGCAAGUGCUCCUCAUCGGACGAUGAUUCCCUCUCACCAUCGGAAUCUCGCCGAAAUCGUACCUCAUUCACUGCUGAGCAAUUGGAGACGUUGGAGAAUGCGUUCAAGACGAAUACCUACCCGGACGCUGUCGAGAGGGAACAGAUCGCGAGGCAGACUGGCUUGACCGAGGAAAAGAUUAUGGUGAAUUCUGACAGCAAGUGCUCCUCAUCGGACGAUGAUUCCCUCUCACCAUCGGAAUCUCGCCGAAAUCGUACCUCAUUCACUGCUGAGCAAUUGGAGACGUUGGAGAAUGCGUUCAAGACGAAUACCUACCCGGACGCUGUCGAGAGGGAACAGAUCGCGAGGCAGACUGGCUUGACCGAGGAAAAGAUUAUGACGUGGUUUUCCAAUCGCCGAGCUCGCUGCAGAAAGCACCUUCCCAUGUAUCCGAGCAUUUUUCCUGCUAUCAUUCCUUCGACGCAACCUACGCAACCGCUGUUCCCGAUGCCGCCGUCGUUGCCACUCUUCAUGUCCACUGCUCCACUGCUCUUUCCGACUUUUCCAUCAGCAGAAUUGUCAUAG